AUGAGCAAUCAACAUUUGAGAAAGAUGAGCAAUGAACUUGACUCACUCACUCUGGACAAUGAUAAUGAUUAUGAUCACGACACAGAUGACGAUAGUAAUAGUAGUAGUAGUUAUUAUUCGAAUAAUCACAUCGAUGCACCAAUGGCAUCGAAUCUACCACCGAUCAACUUUAAUGAUGGAAAGGCACCUAAACAAUCAAUGACAGCUGCCACCAAACAGAUGAUUGGACCAUACGUCAUUGGCGAGAUUAUGGGCAAGGGAGGCUCAGCCUCAGUCUACAAAGGACUAAACACAGUGUCAGGUGACUUUGUCGCCGUCAAGUGCUUCCAAAAGUCAAAGAUAUCACGCGAGCAGCUGUCAAGCAUCAUGGUCGAGUUGGAUCUGCUGCAAAAGUUGAGCCAUGACAACAUUGUUCGUAUCCUUGGCAAGGAUGAGAACGACACCACCAUCUACCUGAUCAUGGAGUACAUGGAGAAUGGCUCGCUGGCCAGCAUCAUGAAUCAGUUUGGCACGUUCCCCGAGUCGCUGAUAUGCACCUACAUCGAACAAGUGCUUCAAGGUCUCGUCUAUCUGCACAGCGAGAAUGUAAUACAUCGCGAUAUCAAGGCGGCCAACAUUUUGAUCAACAAGAUUGGCGAUGCCAAGUUGGCCGACUUCAAUGUGGCCGCCCAGCUCAAUGACUCGGACAAGAGAUACUCUGUGGUAGGCACACCCUACUGGAUGGCACCCGAGGUGAUCGACAUCAGUGGUCACUGUCAAGUAUCCGACACAUGGUCUCUUGGUUGCACAAUUAUUGAGUUGUUGACUGGCUCACCACCCUAUUACAAUCAUAAUCCCAUGGCUGCCAUGUUCAGAAUCGUUCAGAAUGACAGACCUCCAUUCCCCAAGAACAUCUCAGAGGAAUUGAAUGAUUUCUUGGGAAGAUGCUUUGUCAAAUCUGUGGAGGAGAGAGCUUCAGCAUCAGAGCUGUUACAUCAUAGAUGGAUAACAAAGUAUCGAUCAAAUCAACGUGGAUCAUUCAUCAAUCAUAGAGCAAGUUCAAACAUCAUGGAUCACAUUUCAAAGACAUUGUCUGCAUUCAACAAUACGACCAAGGAUCGAUCAAUAUCAUGUGGUUCAUCUGGCUCACCAGGCUCAGCAAGCAUACUCGAAUCAAUCAAUGAACAUCACCUGGAUAGCAACGAUACUUCCACCGAUGAGAAGAGCAACACAAUCUCAUUCCGACCAAGCUCAUUGCCAUCAUCACCGCCAACACAACGUGAUUCAGUCGAGUUGAAGAAGCAGAUUAUUCAGAAUACAAUGUUACAAGAGAGGAUCAAGGAGUUGGAGAAGGAGUUGAGUGUAGCGAAUGAGGAACGAAUGGAGAAUGAGAGGAAGUCCAGAGAGAUACUUCUGAGUUCCAUGCAUUAUAUAUACAUUGUGGAUAGCUCUGGGAACAUUGGCGUUAAUCCAACCGUCAAGAUAUCAGAUGAUGUCGCCAAUCUUCGUGCAGUCAUGCGUGAUCAAAUAGAAACAGAGUACUUCCAUACAUUCCCCGACCGCAACAUGGUACCAAGAUUCAUCGAGAGGCGUCUGACACGUGAUACAUUGAUUCAUCUACCAAAGAAGGCAUUGGAGACACAGAAGAAACGAGAGAAGGAGGAGAAGAAGAAGGCAGAGAAACGAGAAAAGGAGAAGCUGGAGAAGGAGAAGAAGGACAAGAAGAAAAUGGGUUCAGUGUCAUCACCGGUGCUCUCUCCAGAAGUCACCUCGCACUCUCCAAGCAAGACACAGAAGCGAUCACAGUCCAAGGGUCAACUGCUGACACAUGAGUUGGUGAAGGAACUCAGUCAACAGAACUUUAAGCUCAACAGUGUACCAAGCAAUGUGAAGACACAUUGA